GGGCGGAGCAGGCGGCAUUUGCGGCCGGCGCCGGGGCGGAGAGUUGUGCGCCGGUCCCUGGGCCUGAGCUCGGGCCCGGGCUGGGCGCCUGCGAUGUCUCAAGAUGGCGGAGCUGGGCGAAUUAAAGCACAUGGUGAUGAGUUUCCGGGUGUCUGAGCUCCAGGUACUCCUUGGCUUUGCUGGCCGGAACAAGAGUGGACGGAAGCACGAGCUCCUGGCCAAGGCCUUACACCUGCUCAAGUCCAGCUGUGCCCCCAGUGUCCAAAUGAAAAUCAAGGAGCUUUACCGCCGGCGCUUUCCCCGGAAGCCGCUGGGGCCCUCUGACCUCUCCCUGCUCUCCCUGCCGCCUGGCUCCUCUCCCGUAGGAUCUCCAGGCCCUCUAGCUCCCAUCCCCCCUGCUCUCCUGACCCCUGGCACCUUACUGGGCCCCAAGCGUGAGGUGGAUAUACACCCCCCUCUGCCCCAGCCUGUACACCCUGAUGUCACCAUGAAACCAUUGCCCUUCUAUGAAGUCUACGGGGAGCUCAUCCGGCCGACCACUCUCGCAUCUACUUCUAGCCAGCGGUUUGAGGAAGCACACUUUACCUUUGCCCUCACACCCCAACAAGUCCAGCAGAUUCUCACAUCCAGAGAGGUUCUGCCAGGAGCCAAAUGUGAUUACACCAUCCAGGUGCAGCUAAGGUUCUGCCUCUGUGAGACCAGCUGCCCCCAGGAGGAUUAUUUUCCCCCCAACCUCUUUGUCAAGGUCAAUGGGAAACUGUGCCCUCUGCCGGGCUACCUUCCCCCCACCAAGAAUGGGGCUGAGCCCAAGAGGCCCAGUCGCCCCAUCAACAUCACAGCCCUGGCUCGACUCUCAGCUACCGUGCCCAACACCAUCGUGGUCAACUGGUCCUCAGAGUUUGGACGGAAUUACUCCUUGUCUGUGUACCUGGUGAGGCAGUUGACAGCAGGGACCCUUCUGCAAAAACUCAGAGCAAAGGGUAUCCGGAACCCAGAUCACUCCCGGGCGCUGAUUAAGGAGAAAUUGACUGCUGAUCCUGACAGUGAAGUGGCCACUACAAGUCUGCGGGUGUCCCUCAUGUGUCCGCUUGGGAAGAUGCGGCUGACUGUCCCAUGUCGUGCCCUCACCUGUGCCCACCUACAGAGUUUCGAUGCUGCCCUUUAUCUACAGAUGAAUGAGAAGAAGCCAACCUGGACAUGCCCUGUGUGUGACAAGAAGGCUCCCUAUGAGUCUCUUAUUAUUGAUGGUUUAUUCAUGGAGAUUCUUAAUUCCUGUUCGGAUUGUGAGGAGAUCCAGUUCAUGGAAGAUGGAUCCUGGUGUCCAAUGAAACCCAAGAAGGAGGCAUCUGAGGUUUGCCCCCCGUCAGGGUAUGGGCUGGAUGGCCUCCAGUAUAGUACAGUCCAAGAAGCAAAUGCACCAGAGAGUAAGAAGAAGGUGGAAGUGAUUGACUUGACCAUAGAAAGCUCAUCUGAUGAGGAAGAUCUGCCCCCUGCUAAGAAGCGCUGCCCUGUCCCCUCAGCUACCAUCCCAGCCCUACCUGGAAGCAAAGGGUCUUCUGUCCACAGAGUCCUGACAUCCAGUCACCAGCCAUCCUCGGUGCUGCGGAGCCCGACCGGCGCACUGGGCAGUGACUUCCUGUCCAGUCUCCCAAUACACGACUAUCCGCCAGCCUUCCCCCUUGGGGCUGAUAUCCAAGGUUUAGAUUUGUUUUCUUUCCUUCAGACAGAAAGUCAGCACUAUGGCCCUUCUGUCAUCACCUCCAUAGAUGAACAGGAUGCCCUCGGCCACUUCUUCCAGUACCGGGGGACCCCUUCCCACUUUCUGGGCCCUCUGGCCCCCACGUUGGGGAGCUCCCACCGCAGCUCCACUCCAGGGCCCCCUCCUGGCCGCGUGAGCAGCAUUGUGGCUCCCGGGAGUGCCUUGAGGGAGGGACAUGGAGGAGCCCUGCCUUCAGCCCCCUCCCUGGCUGGCUGCCGGUCAGAUGUCAUCUCCCUGGACUGAGUUCUGUGGAUUGUAGAACCUUCGUUGCCCUUAACAUUGAGAGAACAUACUGUGGAGGCCCAGCCCUGGCCACUCCGACCGCUCAGGGGUCUUGGGCAAAAAGCCAGACAGAUCUUCAUGGACCCCUAUUUUGGGCCCCAUUUCUGCCUAACAUGGCCCACCAUACCCAAAGGGUUAAUGCUGAACCUCUUUUUAAGGUCAUUGGGGUCUAUUUUUGGAACCGCUCAUUAGGUGGAGGGUAUAUGUUCCCUAGGCAAGGGAGGCAAAUGGAUGGCAUGUGAGUUUGGGGGAAGAACCAGCCCCAUAUCUACAGCCUGUAGGAGGUGCCCUCCUCCAAACCAACCAGCUAUGCUUCUCAUGUUCAUUCCAUUCCAUUUGGCCACACAGUUGGCAAAAUUGAGUCAGGCAAUUUCAGAGAUUAAUAGAAAUCUCUGUUUUGGGUGCAGAGUUUUUCUUUUCCUUUUGUACAACAGCUAAAUAAGAAAAACCAAAAUACUCCAAAGACUUCCCCUGACUCUGUCCAAUCUGACUGAGGAGACAAGGCCUUAGUUGAUCCCAGGGGUUUGGGAACAGGGAGAGCCUGGCCUAUUAACUUGGGUCUUUCUUUAUUGAUAUAUUUAAGUUCACUUUUUUUUCCUUGUGGUCUUGGGGGUUGAACCCAGGGCUUAUGUUCUAGGCAAAUGCUGUAUCUUAGUUGAGGUAGAGCCCUUGUAUAUCUAUUUUGUUUUUGAGAAAGAAGUAUCACUGAUUUGCCUGGGUUAGUCCUGAACUCAUGAUCCUCCUGCCUCUGCCUCCUGAGUAGCUGGGAUUCAGGCGUGUACCACCAUGCCUGGCUCAAGUUCACAGUAUUUUUUAUGCCAAACAUCCCAGGGCCUAAGCCACUAGAGGCCUGUGUCCUCGUGGUGAGGCCUGGCUCUUCUGCACCUUUUCUGGGAGGACCCUUGUACCUUUCUUCCCAGUCUUUCUUUGUUCAGGCCCCUCCAGGGCCUAGGACCUAUGUUGUAAUUUUACUUUUUAUUCUCAAAGUUGUAGCAAAGUUCUCACUCGUAAUAAAGGUUGUGACUAUUG